CCUAAAUGCACAUUGUUUAACUGGACUCUUUAGAUUGACAGGAACAACGCUGCAACCUGCAUGGGAAACAUCUUUUGAAUCGCGUCUAAAAAAAGAAGUUGCCACAACAGUCUGGGAUGCUAUAUAUAACAUGCUCGUUAUCUUAAAGAAAAGAUCGUCCUCUUUCUUGGCUUAGGUUGUUGCUAGUGUACGCUUCACUCGGAGCCAUGACAGACCUCGAGGACUGGGAAAUAAGCGAAAUUGAGGAUGACGGAGUUGACCUACCGGACGAAAGCAAUGAUGACGACGAUGACAGCGGCAGCGAUGAAGUGGACCGGUGGUGCGAAUCUCAUGAGCCACAGGCGCAGGGAUGCAGUACUGGACUGAAUGCACAUCUGGAGCAGCAUCUGGAGGCACAGGCCUCGGUUGACGGAGAUGCCGAUCUAAACCUUUCAACGCGCGAGUACGCGGUAGCAAACGGCCCCUCUGCCGCUGCCAUCCCCGAUAGCAGCCGCGCGAACGACUGCCCCGUUGACACCAGCCACCCCGCUGAUGCAGCUGCUACAAAGCCGCCAUCUGGUCGGCGCUUGGAUUCUAGAGGGGUUGAGAACGCAAUCGCUGCGAUUGCCGGUCCUGGUAGUGCGGGUGCUGCGGUCCCCACAGCCUCCUCAGCUCCCUCAGCCAGCGUGGCUGACGAUGGGAACGCUACUGCCAGUUUCAAUGGAGGGGCUAACAGGCACCCGCCCAGGCGCAUGAAGCAAACCGCACGCAAGCAGUGCAACGCCGCCCCCGCACCACCGCUCCCACCGCCCACCCACGCCGGCAGCAGCCCAGGCCGCCCCCACACGGAGUCCAGCCCCGGUGACUCCCAGCCACCGCCCCACCGCCCGGCUGCCCAAACCAGUCCCAGCUCCUGCGACAGGAGGAUUGGGAUUGCUGAGGACAGCGCCGUCGCCGCCGCCGCCGCUGCAGCUGCCGCUGCGCCCAUAAGGGCUACCCCGCAC